AAGACCAUCGGAAAUAUGUGUUUUCCAAUGAUCUUAGGAGACUCCUGUGAAAGGGUCGUUUGACCCCCAAAGGGGUCGCGACCCACAGGUUGAGAACUGCUGUUCUAACUCCUAGUGGUACAAGAAAGUGAUAGGAGGGAAUUAUCUUUUCUGAAUUUAAGAACAAUGCAAUAUUCAUACUUUGCAAACAGAAGAUCCAAUUCAUUUCCCAGUAUAUUCAAUUUUAAAAAGAUCAGGUAGCAACAACAUGAAUUUAAUAUAGUCUGGAUUUAUAAGUGCAUAUUUCAAAAAUAUGGUGAAUUUUGAAAUAGAAAUUAAAAAUAUCCUAGAAUUUAGUGACAGUCAAAAUAUUCAUAUUCAAUUCCAAUAUUUUUUCUUCUUUCUGAAUUAUUUGGGGGAGGGAGGGAGAAAGACCUUCUACUAUCCUAAAAAUCAGAACAGUUUAUCCCAUUAGUUCAAGCAGAGCAUAUACUUUGCAAGAAAAGAAUUCAGAUUUCAGAGCUGCCACCCUAUUUUUUAUUCCUAUUAUUUAAAUCUUUCAAGUUAUUUUUGCUGUGUUAAGUUCAGUCUCCAAUUAAAAGAGAGCAAAAUAAAUAAAGACUUCUGCCUUGGGGAAUGAUGUCAGUGAGAACACACUAUAUUAAGCAGUGAUACCAGCUGAGUUUAAAUCACCAUACAAUAACUAAUAUUUCUUUGCUUCUUAGUUUCUAAAUUUAUUUAUUUUUAGAUAAUUUUUAAUCUAAAUUUAUCUAUUUUUUUAAUCCCAUCUUUUAUUAUUUUUAUAAGUAAUUCAAGACAGCGAGCAUAUAUAAUACUUCUUCUAUACUGAGAGAGAGAUCAUGAAUUUGAAGUUAAUUACCAAGAGUGUACUUAUGAUACUCAGUUGUAUUUCUCCCUUCCCUGGAUAUCUCAAAAUCCUUUGCUUGUCUCCUGGUUAUAAAGAACUGAAUAUAAGAGAACAAAUUGAAACUAAAUCUGGAUAAAACAGAAUUGUCAAUUCCAGAGGCUGACUUUAGAUUUUGAAAAUAUCCCUUUAUUGAAUAAGGUUGCAUUUCCUCUUCACAUUUGGGGAUCUGCCUUUAAUGCUGAAUAGAUAAAUUACAUCAGGGAAAGGGAGCAUUUCAGCAUUGAUUGAUAAAAAAUUGUAUCCUUUGCUAGAAGUAAGAAACCUGGCAUUGAUUAGGCACAUUCAAAUAAUUUUCUUGAUGCAUUAUUGCAGUUCAGUGUUCAUAGAACAAAACUUUUAUACGUCUUAGAAUGGAGCACAGGAAUGGUAGCUGCAGGUGCUUCCAGAGGAUACCAUAUCACAACUGUUUCAAAUUGCGGCACGACUUGCCAUUUCCUUUCUGGUCUCAAUUCAAGGUACUCAUUGUCCUAUAUAAUACCUUAUUGGUGGUUCUCAGCCUGUGGUCUGCGGACUCCUGGAGGAGCAUGAUGUCACAGGGGGUUGUCAAAGGGUUGAAGAAAUGUGGACACAAAGGGGUAUUUAAAGGCAGUGAAGAAAAAAUUUGAGAACCAUUGCUUUACAUAGUUUGGGCUCAGGUUUGAUGCAGGUCCACCUGCAUCCAUUCAGUGGCACAUGUCUUGCAGAUCCUGCAUAAUAUCAGCAACUAAUUCUGAAGAUGAAUUCAGAUUAUGUAAUAAUUUGUCACUGAAGCUGAAACUCCUCUUUUAUAUUACAGUUUAGAAGAGGGCUUAAAUCUUUUUUUAAUACAGGUCUUCUAAAACUUUUCACAAUUUUAGAGUUUUUAAUUGGGAUUUAACAAUUUUAUUUGUCAUGAAUAUUUGUGGGCUGAGCAAAUAUUGGGACUGGACAGCAUAUACAAAUUUAAAAUAAAGAGAAAACAGAACAGCCUACCAUUGUAGUAAUAUCAUAGUACAUGUGAACAAAUAAUGAUACUAAAAUAAGCUCCUGGUAAGUCAGGUGAUUAAGAAUGUUUUUCAGCAUUCUGUUGAUGAAAGUUGUCUAUUUUAAAAUCUUAGGUGUCAGUAAGAACAACUGACCCGUCAUGAGUACAUUUUUGGCUAUCAUUUGAUAAUCAUGUUACUUAAUUCAGCCAGACUGGAACUUGUGACUAGGUAGUGUAAAGCUUCUUAUCCCAUUGCUCAUAGGUACGGAUUUGUUUAGUCUUCUUCUUUUUGACAUGGGUUUCAUAUGAUGUGCUUAUUUAUGGAGACAAUCCAUAUAUUAUAUUAGAAUAAAAUCUUUUUUUUAAAAAAAGACCCCGUGGCGGUAUAUUCCAGCUUUGUUUAACAAGUCCUACUAAAUCCUUAGGAGAGAAUUAAGCACGGGCACUUAACCCUUACUGUUUAUGUGAAUGAGAUGGCUGAAUCAAACUUACUGUGGUUGGAUAAUUGAUUCAGUCAAUACAUCAGUUGGGGACAGCUGAGUUAUACUUAAUCAUUUAUAUUAAUAUUGUUCCAUACAACUUAACAGGAAUGUGUGAGAGAGAUCUUUUUGUGAGAUUAGGCUUUGGAAUAUAAAACCAAAUGAAGUUAUUCUUUAAGGAUAAAUGUUGGGCCAAAUAAUCACAUUACCAUUUGUAUAUGUGUCUGGAAUAGGGAACUAGAAACAAAGGAAUCCCCUUAUCCAAUGUUCAGUCAAACCUCCAUUAGUAAGGCAGAAAUAAAAAGGCUUUUUUUGUCUUCACUUUAAAAAAUUCUUAAGAAUACUAUUCUAGUGGGCAUUGCUUUUCAAUUGGGUUGAGGAAAGUUUAUGAAAACUAGAGUUCCAAUUCUUUCUUUGAAACCCCCAAUGGGAUACCUCUUUUCACAGCAGCUGGAAUAGAUUGUCUAGGUCUGAUUUCCUGCCCUUAGAUGACAGGAUUAAAACGAUGAGGAGAGGGUCAGGAUUAUGGGGCAUAUUCUCAGGGAUCAUAGAGAGUGCACAGAUGAACUACCCAUGGCAUGGCAUUUGGCAGAGUUGCUCUUUCCUGCAUCACUAAAAUAUUGUACCAUAAUAAGCCCUUCAUAAAAUGGGAUAAACUAAUGCUAUAACUUGUCCGUCCAUCAGUGAAAAGUCUCCACCACAUUUUCUUUCAAGCCUCCUAGGGAAUUCUCUGGGAUUUCAGUACCUUUUUUCUGGAUAGGUAAGCAUAAUUACAAAUAAAGUAUAAGGUUACAGCAUCCUAUUUUCAUUUUUGCCCUGGAACUUUAUCAUUUAAGCUUCUAACUGGCAGAAAAUAUCUUUAAGCAAUGUUAGAUUGUGUCAGAAUAUUUUCAUUUCUAAUCUCCAGCUCUCGUAUACUUAAGUUUAUCUAGCAAAGGUGCACUAAGAAUGAUUCUGUAUAGAUUAAUUUUCUAUUUUCUCUCCAUUUAUGACACAGAAUGACAAUUUAAAUAGUGGAAGCUAAUUGAAGAUUGACAGUGAUAUAAUUUUUUGAAUUUCCAUGUAGUCUCUCUCUGCAAUAUGCAGUUCUUAAAUCAUUUGCUAAUUGGGGGCAUCAUUUAUUUGCUGCAGACUAAUUGUUAUUAAUCUUAUUAAAAUUCACCAUGGAAAUAAGUAACUGGGGAAAAAAGACCUGCUUUUAGCGUCAAGUUCCAAAGAAUGAGCUAUAGAUUCCUAAUUUGUAUCACUAGAUUUGUUAGCUGUUAUCAGGUGGAUUAAUGUUAUAUUAGUUCUAUUCUUUACCAGAUUGUAAAAAAAAAAAAAAACCUAGCACUUAUAACUAGGGAAAAGUAACAGAUUUGCAAGAAAAAAAAUUUAAAUCAUCCCCUAGCAAUUGAAUCUGAGUGCUUGUAAUAAUGCCCUAUAUAUAAAUAUGUAUGUCAGUAUUAUUAUAUAUAUGUAAAAGAGCUUUUAAUGCAUGUUGUUUCACCCACUAAUUCCACUUUUCAAAACUCUGCUGUAAUUCAUGUUGACAAGUGACAUGUGAUGCCGGUUGAUGGGUCUCAAAGACUCAUCUCCUGUUUCAGUCCUUCCAAAGUCUGCCUAAUCUAUGACAUAUAUGGUCUAGGGAGAUAUGUGUCUGCUUUUUCCUGUCAUCACGUCUCUGAUUGGAGGAUUUUUAGGUCCAAAAUAUCUCAAGGAGUCUUUAGGGUUAUUGGUUGUGAUCCAGAUUUACUCUUCUCUCUCCCUUCCCCUCCUUUCUUUUUUUCCCACUUGGAACUUUUCUACCCAAGGGAUUUCUCUUGUUAUGCUGGAGACUGAUUCUGUGGCUGCUUAGCUGCAAAGUCCUUCUUCCGGAUGUGUCAUUUGGAUACAGUAUCUUCUAUGCCCAAUGCAAAAAUCAGUUGGAAGAGUUGUUUUGUCUCUCUUUAUGUUGCAACGUGGAAAGUAACCUAAUGUUUUAAAAAUGCCAGUCCGACGGACUCGGCAUGGUCAUCUGAAGGGAGUGAGUUGGGCCACUAUCAGCUUGAGUGCGCACAGUCCCACAACCCAGCGCCAGAUUCCAAAUGGACCCUCUCCGGAUGAAAUUGAAAUUCAGAGAAGGCAAGCAAUGGAGCAGCAACAGCAGCAACGCCAAGAACCUCUGGAAAGAAGAACCUCUACCACAGUCUCCACCCUUCAGAUUAAAGUGUCUUCUUCCCCUUUUCACUGCCAGUCUCCUCCUCCUGACUACAGUAGCUACAAUGCUUCUACUUCCACUGGUGCAGUUGUUCCUCCUCCUCCUCCUCCUUAUGCCAAAGCAAUCUCAUCACCAUCUGCUCUCCCUGAAUCUGCUAGCAAGGCCUCUUUCAGAUCUGCUCAUAGGGUCCAGGAAUCCCCUCUGCGUUGCCACCAAUAUUCUCCCUCUGAGUUCCCACCAUCUCCUGGCCCUUCCUUUCCACCAACUUGGCCAGGUUACAGAACUGUUGCACGAAGCACCAAGGAAAUCUCUUUAUCUCCACCUCUUGCCUCUGCUUCCCCUCAUCAGUCCAUAAGAUGUUCUUCCCUGUCAUAUUCUCCUCAAGCUGCUUCUCCUGUGACCUUUACAUCCCCUAUACAGAAGGGGCUGAUCCUGCAGCCCCAUAUUCCAGUAGUCCUUCCUGUAAUUGCUGCCCAGAAUGGCAGACUCCAGGGGCCUACAGGUGAAGUGGUCCAAGAUGCCUCAGCAAAUGUACCUCUAUCAGGUCUGAAUGGCCGACAUGAAGAUUGUUUAGUUACACAAAUUCCUCUAUGCUCCCCUAGGACACAGCCAAAGAGAAAAGAUCAAUCUUUUUUCUCCUAUUUAGAAGCAGUGCCCAUUUCACAUUUACCUGUUGUGACCAGCCCACCAGGAUCCUUUAUACAGGCUUUUUCUUGGCCCUCCCAACAGUUGCCUCAUUCUCCACACCAGCUCUAUCCAUCUAUGUCACACUUUGUUUCAUUACAUCCUCAUUAUGCUGCUUUAUCUGAGAUGAAUUUGUCCAGGAGGACUCCUUCUUACAUGACUUCAUCUACCUUUUCCCACAUGAGUCCUGCGUUACCACCAGGUCACCCCUCUGUUGCCACUGGAAUACCCAUAUCAUCUGGUGGACCACCUCCUCCCCCUCCCCCUCCUCCACCACCUACGGGAACCACACCUCCUCCUCCUCCCCCAUUGCCAGCAGGUGGUGGAGGAUCUAGCAUUGAUGAUGGAUCAAUGUCAGGACUAGCAGCGGCUCUGGCUGGUGCCAAACUAAGAAGAGUGCAACGGCCAGAGGAUGGAUCUGGAGGUUCUAGUCCCAGUGGUGCUUCCAAGAGUGAUGUCAAUCGAACAAGUAGUGGAGGAGGUGGGCUUAUGGAGGAAAUGAAUAAACUAUUAGCAAAAAGGAGAAAAGCAGCAUCCCAGUCAGAUAAGCCAGUGGAUAAAAAAGAAGAGGAAAGCCAAAAUGAAGAUGCUAGCACUUCUCCUACUCCUGUUACACGAGGCCCUGUCCAACAGCAGAAUUCUUCAGAUGCUGGCAAGAAACUUUGGGAGAGAAGCAAUUCCAUGGAAAAACCGGUCACUUCAUUACUCUCUAGAAACCCAUCAGUGGAGAGAAGUCCUGAAUCUAAAGGCCCUGUUCAGUUUCAGCCAUCUUUUAGGAUGAAGCCAGCAAGCAGCAGUAAUGAUGUGGCAAUGGACACUUUAGAUUUUGAUCGUAUGAAACAAGAAAUAUUGGAGGAAGUUGUAAAAGAGUUACACAAAGUAAAAGAAGAGAUAAUUGAUGCCAUCCGGCAGGAAUUGAGUCGAAUCAGCACAACAUAAUGGCCACAAGACCAUCUGGAAGUUGCAAGGGACAUGACAAAUGAUGGUUCAUUUCUAAGUGUACCAAGAUCAUGCAGAAUGGUGAAAGAGGACACCUGACAGCAUCUUUUGUUUUUAAAAUCCUUUUUAUUAGCAGACUCAGCAGACUUUGAAGCUUGCUACUGCCUUGGAUUUACUUCAUUUAAAAAAGAAAGAAUAAAGUCUUAAAAUCUUUGAAAUGGAAAAUAUUAAAAAUUUAUCUGGAUUUUUAAAAUUCAUCUGAUAAUGCACAUCAGAUUUGGUCAGCCUUUUUGUAUUUUGUAUUUGCUUAUUUAAAUGUAUGACAUUUUUGUUUUUAGUAUAUUGUAGGUAAGGAAACAUAUGGUCCAUUUGCUUUUAUUAGAUGAUUUCAAAAUAAUUUUACUGGUAGUCUGCAGUGUAAAUGAAAACAUUUUUGCCAACAGAAUCUAAUUAAUGGCAUCAGUAGUUGAGGCCAGAAGAUGCCAGCUGUCAGCCAGGAAGUUCCUGGUCUCAAAGCUACCACAAUAUUAAAGCGGUACAUCGGUGCAUCACAGCAUCUGUGCUCAUACUGGUAAUAAAUUGUUCAUUGUC